AUGGGGGCUUUCUUUACUUUGUCCACCUCUUUUGUUGUCAUUCUCCUGGUAAUUCCUGGAGGUUUGUGUGUGGAUAUCAUUGGAGGAAAUGAAGUAGCACCUCACUCAAGACCAUUUAUGGCUCUAAUUAGAGGAAAAAAGGACGCAAAAAUUUGUGGAGGAGCUUUGAUCAAGGAAAACUGGGUGUUAACAGCUGCCCACUGUAAUAUGAAAGAUGGCAUUGUUAUUCUUGGAGCUCAUUCACUGCAAAAAAGAGAGCGCGAGCAACAAGUUCAUCAGAUUGCAAAACAAAUUCCCUACCCAUGCUACUCUGAUAGUAAAAAGGAAAAUGAUAUAAUGCUGCUGCAGCUUAAAAAAAGAGCAAAACUUAAUAAAGCUGUGAAAAUCAUUCCAUUGCCUAACUCAGAUGAUGAUCCCAAAGCAGGAACAAGUUGUAAAGUAGCAGGAUGGGGAAAAACUCACAAUAACCUGAAAAAGAGUUCUGGUACGCUAAGGGAAGUCAACAUCACUGUCAUCGAUAGAAGAAUAUGCAAUGAUUGGAAGCACUAUAACAGCAACCCUGUCAUAACAGAGAAUAUGAUAUGCGCUGGAUCUAGGAGAGGAGGAAAGGAUUCAUGUUCCGGGGAUUCAGGUGGACCUUUAAUAUGCAAUAAUGUGAUGAGAGGCAUCACUUCUUUUGGAAAGGCCAACAAGUGCGGUGCUGUUGACAGCCCUGGUGUCUACACUCGACUCACAAAGCAAUACCUUCUAUGGAUAAGGAAAACCAUAGGGGGAGAUUUACAGGCUGGAUUUUGA